ACAAUAAUAAAAAUAAACAAUAUGCAAAUAAAUAAAUGAUAAAACAAGUAAAACGUAAAAAAAAAAGUAAUCGGCAAACGGCUUGCAUUCAGUGGAAAACGUUUCAUAAGUUGUUUCUAGUUGUUUGUUAAUAAAAACCUUCAAGUUGAUUUAAGCAAUAAGAACUUUGUUUACAUCAAAUAGUUACCUGGAAAGGAAAUAAAAGAACAAAAGAAUUUGCCUCAAGCAGCCUCAAGGUAAACUUGUAAAUAUCUGAGUUUCAAAAAACCAUUAGUAAGCGCAUAGUCAAGGCUUUCGAAAAAGAAAUACAACUUACAACAAUAAUACACUACAAAAUCAUAGCUUUUCAUUCAAAAUAAGAUCGAACCCAGCGGCACAAUCAUCUAUGGAUGUACUGCCGACGCUUUGCUUAUCCGAAGCGCUAACCGACAACGGUAGCAACGAUAGUGGUUCAGACUGCAGCUUAGAAGGUUUGAGUGUUAUUGGUACGACCGCGAGUUUGAUUGCAAUGUCUGGUGCCGGUGCCGAUGCAAAUUUCACUCUUCCGCCGGACAAUUUGUUGGAUUUCGAAUUUGACCCACUCGAGCGUGUUGUAUCUGCCAUUGUGCCAGCCUUUUUCGGCGUUAUCGGUGUUGCAGGCCUGCUGGGCAAUGUUUUAGUCAUAUUCGUUGUUGUCGCUAAUCAACAAAUGCGCUCCACCACCAACUUACUCAUCAUUAAUCUCGCCGUCUCCGAUAUUCUGUUUGUCGUCUUUUGUGUACCCUUUACUGCUGCGGAUUAUGUGCUGCCCACCUGGCCAUUUGGAAAUCUGUGGUGCAAGUUUGUUCAGUAUAUGAUUGUGGUCACCUGCCAUUGCAGCGUCUACACGCUGGUGUUGAUGUCAUUCGAUCGCUUUCUGGCUGUCGUGCAUCCGGUGACGAGUAUGUCUUUGCGUACCGAACGCAAUGCGAUGCUCGCCAUCUUCUGUGCUUGGAUACUCAUCCUCUCUUCAGCCACACCUGUAGCUUUGGCUCAUUCGGUCCGUCUGUAUUACUUCAAAGGACGUAGUUACACAGCUUGCGUUUUCUCCACCGAAGAGGAGGGUUGGAGUUUAAUUGGAUUCCAGAUCUCUUUCUUCAUAUCUUCUUAUGUGGCACCGCUGACUUUGAUAUCCUUCUUAUAUAUGGGCAUGUUAGCCCGUCUUUGGAGAGCCGCACCAGGUUGUAAGCCAUCAGAAGAGUCCAGGAAAGGUAAACGACGCGUAACCAGAAUGGUCGUUGUAGUGGUAUUGGCUUUCGCUAUAUGUUGGCUGCCAAUACAUCUAAUACUCGUCAUGAAAGCUCUGACUUGGUAUCCCGGCACACAUGCUUCAGUCAUUGUGCAAAUUAUCUCACAUGUUUUGGCAUACACGAACUCCUGCAUCAACCCGAUUUUGUAUGCCUUCCUCUCUGAUAACUUCCGGAAGGCCUUUAGGAAGUUCUCUGGAUUCCAGGUCGUCGGCUGUGGCAAUCAACCGCUCUUCCCUAUGUCACAUCAAGCCACAAAAACAACACGUACCACCGGCAAUGUCACAUCAAAUGCUGAAAUGCUGUAAGCCACAUAAAUACAUACGUCAUUUCUUCUACCACAUCAUUAAAAAUGUAAAAUAUUUGAGCAACAUAAUUAUAAUUAAAUUACAUUACGAUUUAAUUUGCUGGCAUUGUGGGUGUUUUGUUUGGUUAUGCUUUGAAGAAUAUAUGCUCAGUUAAGCAAUAUACUCGUACUGUGUUGCUGUG